AAGCUUUCCGGUAGCCAGGAGGCCGGUGAUUACAAAGAUAAGCACAAGUCUGACACACGACAGGAUUUUCAUAAAAUGGACAAACAAAAGAAGCUAAACAACGACCUUGUCGAAGUCACCACGAUUCGAUCUGCCACAAUGGCUGAGACAUGGGGCCCAGACGAAGAGAAGGCCCUCGUGCGCAAGAUGGACAUUCGAAUCUUCCCAGUCAUGAUUGUCCUAUUUAUUCUCAACUUUAUCGAUCGAAACAACUUUGCCAACGCACGCCUUAGAGGCUUGGAGAAGGAUCUUAACCUCACCGAUGUUGAAUACCAGACCUGCAUCUCCAUCUUGCUGGUUGGAUAUGUCAGCAUGCAGAUCCCUUCCAAUAUGAUUCUCAAUAAGUUGACCAAACCUAGCUGGUAUUUGUGUGGUUGCGUGGCUACGUGGGGCGUUAUUUCUGCUGCCACUGCAGCAGUUCACAAUGCCACGGGCGCCAUCCUUUGCCGAUUCAUCCUUGGCUGCGUCGAAGCUUCGUUUUUCCCAGGGUCCAUAUACUUCUUGUCUCCACAGGCCUUUGGAGGCCUUAUUGCUGCUGGAAUUCUGGCCAACAUGGAGGACAAGGCUGGUAUCCGUGCUUGGAGAUGGCUCUUCAUCAUUGAAGGUGUUUUGACUGUCGCUCUCGGCAUUGGUGCGGUGUUCAUUCUGCCAGACUACCCACACACGACAGCUUGGAUCACUGAAAGAGAGAGGUUUAUCGCAGAGAGAAGGCUAACCCUCGACAUUGGUGAAUCUGACGAAACAGAAGAUAAGAGUGCGUUCCAGGGCCUCAAGCUUGCUCUGGUUGACCCCAAGGUUUGGCUUCUCGGACUCACCUACCAUGCCACCAUCAUGGGACUUUCGUUUGUUUUCUUCUUCCCCACAAUCACCCAAGCAUUGGGCUAUGGCACCACCACCACUCUCCUUCUCACUGCACCUCCCUGGAUCUGGGCCUGUUUGGUUUCUCUGCCGAACGCCUGGCAUGCGGAUAGGACGGGAGAUCGGUUCUUCCACUACUUUGGGCCAGCGGCGCUUUGCAUCAUCGGCUAUAUUAUUUCUAUGACAACCAAGACUACGGCCCCGCGAUACUUUUCUAUGUUUCUAAUGACAACUGGGUUCGCGUCUGGCUUCGUCAUGCUCGCAUGGAUCUCCAAUACAAUCCCACGUCCGGCUGCAAAGAAGGCUGCCGCCAUCGCCCUCGUCAACGCCAUGGGUAACAUUGGCAGCAUCCCUGGCUCAUACAUCUGGCCUGCCAAGUUCGGCCCUCUCUAUGUCCAGUCCUUUGGUGCAGAAAUUGGCAUCCUGGGCCUCGCAUGCUGCAGCGCCUUCCUCUUGCGAACUCAUCUAAAGAGGCUCAACAAGAAGCUCGAGGCGGAGGAGACGAAUAUGGCUACAUCAGCUGUUGCUGGGGAAGCUUCUAAUAAAUCUCCGGGUGAUGAGCUUAGGCCCGCCAAGAACUUUAGGUACUUGUACUAA